CCGGCGGAAGUGAGCGUGCUGGUGGGGAAGGACCGCAGCAACCUCUUCGUGAACGGGCUGACGCUGGGCGGGCAGAAGUGCUCCGUCAUCCGGGACAGCCUCUACCUGGACGGGGAGAACACCAUGGACCUCCGGACAAAGAGCACCGGCGGGGCCCCCACCUACAACAUCACCGCCGCCAUGACCAACAAGACAAUCGUGCUCCUCAUGGGCAAGGAGGGCAUCCAUGGCGGCGGCAUCAACAAGAAGUGUUACGAGAUGGCCAACCACUUGCGGCGGUCGCAGUAUUGACCCGCCUGCUGGUCCCAUCUGUGGUACUACUGAUGAUGGAACGGUGUGAGGAUGUCCAAGACGGCAGCGACCGCCCGGGGCGCCCGGCCUUGCCACUGCGGGACCA